ACAAUUGACUGUUCCCGCUCAGCAUGCACCCUCCCCUCUGCCGUGGCAAUAUAAAUACUACACCAUUUUACUCUGUGAGACCGUAUAGCUUCCAGUACAUACUGCAGAUAAUCUACCAGCAUACUACUGUUGUCUGCUGGGUAGUGACAGGUUGUCAUUCUUUUAGAAAGUCGUCCAAUUGUCUUUCAUUCCAGUAUGUAUGCUAAGAAGUCGGAUGAACAUGGGCCACGCAGGGGCAGGUCUUUUGACACUGUUUAUGAGGAGACAGAGCUCAACAAUGAGAUGAAUAAAGUUACAAUAAGUAAAAUUGAUGAGGAAUGGGACAACAGGAGCGCCUUCAGUGGAAGGACAUCAGGCUCCGAGAGAGGUGCAACCAUAAUGUUCGCACUAAAAAAUGAAGUUGGAGGUCUUGUGGAGGCACUGAAGCUUUUCCAAGAUAAACAUGUCAACUUAGUUCACAUCGAGUCCCGUAAAUCCAAACGGAGAAACUCAGACUUUGAGAUCUUUGUGGACUGUGAUAGUAACCAUGAACAGCUCAAGGAACUGACUCAGCUGCUGAGGAAACACACUGAUGUUGUUGAUAUUGAGCCAUCAGACAAUUCUGCUCUGCCUGAUGAAGAUACGGCUGAUGGGCCCUGGUUUCCUACAAAGAUCUCUGAUUUGGAUUUGUGCGCCAACCGGGUUUUGAUGUACGGUUCUGAAUUAGACGCAGAUCACCCGGGAUUUAAAGACAACAUAUACCGUAAACGAAGAAAAUAUUUUGCUGAUUUGGCUAUGAACUACAAACACGGGGAGCCUAUUCCCUACAUUGACUUCACAGAGGAGGAGGUGCGGACCUGGGGUGUGGUCUUCAGGGAGCUCAACAAGCUUUACCCCACUCAUGCCUGCAAAGAGCAUCUCAAAAACCUCCCUCUGCUCACGAAACACUGUAACUACAAUGAAAACAACAUCCCCCAGCUGCAAGACAUCUCCCACUUCCUCAAAGAGCGCUCAGGGUUCAUCAUAAGGCCGGUAGCAGGAUACCUUUCACCCAGAGACUUUCUAGCAGGUCUGGCCUUCAGAGUCUUCCACUGCACCCAAUACAUCCGCCACAGCUCUGAACCUCUGUAUACCCCUGAACCAGAUACGUGCCAUGAGCUUCUGGGCCAUGUUCCCCUCCUCGCUGAUCCCACUUUCGCCCAGUUCUCCCAGGAGAUUGGUUUAGCGUCGCUGGGAGCCUCAGAUGACGCCGUACAGAAACUGGCCACUUGUUACUUCUUUACGGUGGAGUUUGGUCUGUGUAAGCAGGAUGGUAAACUGAGAGCCUAUGGAGCUGGACUCCUCUCCUCCGUCAGUGAACUUACGCAUGCACUGUCUGGAAAAUCCAUCAUCCUUCCAUUUGAUCCCUGUGUGACCUGUAAUCAGGAGUGUAAGAUAACAACAUUCCAAGAUGUCUACUUUGUUUCUGAAAGUUUUGAAGAGGCCAAGAACAAGAUGAGGGAGUUUGCCAAGACCAUCCGCCGUCCGUUCACAGUUCGCUACAACCCUUACACUCAGAGCGUGGACGUCCUUAAAGACACCACCAGCAUCAACAGCAUGGUGAAGGACAUCCGGUAUGACCUGGACAUCGUCGAAGAUGCUCUGAACCGACUUCAGAAACACCUGAGAGCCUGAUAUGUGUGUGAAGUGUGUGAGGAAAGCUGGAGGUGGGAGGAGUGCCUUGGGGGUCACGAGGGUCAGAAGAACAGAGGGUGGUGGUUAAAAUAGGCAAUGGAUGUUAUGUAGGCUCUGUUCUGGGAAAAAGUCUCCUGUAUCUGGUGACGAUGUGUCUCUGACCAAACUGUGACAUUUUGUAUUAAAGUUAUAUUAUGUCAAACAGUAUUUUUUAAUCAAUAUUCGUAUGCGUAUACAGAAAAAGAUGUCUGCAUUGGUAUGUAAUGUGUGGCAUCAGUGGUGUAGUUUGUUAGUAUAUCUAAAAUGUUUAUAUAAAGUUAUUCUAAUUGUGUUGUGAUGGUGUACGCUGUAUGGAUGGAGCAGUCUUCAGAGGUCUCUUUGACGCUGCUCCUGAAAUGGUUCCUGUUGACAACUGGUGAACCCAGACAGAAAUGGAUUAGCAUCUCUCUGUUAAUUGGAUAGAAACAGGCUUUAUAUAGAUGAUACCAGUCCAAUACAAAUGCUUUGAUUGGUUUAUAUACACACUGUCUGUCUAAGCCCUUAACCUUAACUGACCCAUGUUCACUCUAGAAAGUUUUUCAUAUUUCGCUCAUAUUAUUGUUGAUGUCCAUUUGUUGGUAUUUAAUAUUAAAACUUGAUGUGGAAACAAAUCCCAUGUUUAUUUUCCAUCAGGUAAAAAUGUGAUCAUUUUAUGUGGGAACAUUUCCUUGUUGACAAAUGUAAAAA